AUGAUUCCAAGACACAACCAAUCAACUGUUCCAGAACUUUUCCUCUUGGGUUUCCAGCUUCUGCACAGAUCCAGAAUAAUUCUCUUUUUGGGCCUCCUUGUGGUCUACAUGUUGACUUUAACUGGAAACCUUCUGAUCAUAAUAUUGGUUUCAGUGACUCGAUGUCUUCAUUCUCCAAUGUACUUCUUCCUCAGCCACUUGUCUUCCUGUGACAUCAUACUCACUACAACGAUUAUUCCAAACUUGCUAUAUAUCACCUUAAAAAACGGUCGCCCCAUGACAGUUAGUGGGUGCAUUACUCAGUUACAUUUGUUCAGCUGCUCCGUGGUUACAGAAUGUUUUCUUCUCACCAUGAUGUCCUAUGAUAGAUAUGUGGCUGUCUGUAAACCUUUGCAAUAUGUAACAAUAAUGAAUUUCUCAUUUUGUCUCAGUCUCAUAGUCUUGUCCUGGAUAUUGGGGUUUCUACUCACACUGAUUGUUACUGUUUUAAUAAGUCAUUUAACUUUCUGUAAUUCACAUUAUAUUGAUCAUUUCUUCUGUGAUUUUGCUCCUCUUGUUCAGCUUUCAUGUUCUGAUACUUCAGUUGUACGGACUGUGGUUUAUAUAAUCGCUUUUCCAGAAAUGGUCAUUGAAAGUGUGUUUAUCAUUUCUACGUAUUUUUGUAUAUUUCUUGCAAUACAUAGAAUAUCAUCCACCACUGGGAGACAGAAAGCCUUCUCCACAUGCAGUUCUCACCUCACCAUUGUGUGCACGUAUUAUGGGACUAUAAUUGCUAUCUACGCUGUUCCAUCAGGAGAACAUUCAUCUGGAAUGAAUAAGAUUGUAUCCCUUAUAUACACAAUUGUGACCCCUUUGUUGAACCCAAUAAUAUACAGUCUGAGAAAUCAAGAAAUCAAGACAGCCAUUAUAAAGCUAUUACAAUAUAUAUAUUAG